GAGAGUUCAGAAGGCUGGAGCCGAGUUUUGCAUGCAGACCCCAGCACCACAUGGUCGCCCAGGCAGAGUACUGAGCCUAGUUGUGGCCCCCAAACAAAACUUUUUCGGUGGUAAAAGAACCUUGUAACUUCUGGAGUACUGAAAAGGUGGCACUUUUCAAGUGACCAGUGUUUGAUUCCUUUCUCUGACGGUCGGGUAAGUCCCGGGGGUUCUCUGGGUGCCCGUGCGGUUGUCCCGCGGAGCCCCGCCUCGAAGCCGUGCCUCCCGCAGGCAGAGCAGGCGCGCGGACCGUGUUGUUCUCUCUCCGGCCUCGGGCUCGCAUUUACGAGAAGGCAAGUAAUCGAAAUCAGGAACAGCUGAGUCUCUGGAGCUCCUUCCAGCUCCAGGCUCCCCCCCCCCGGGCCGGAGCCGCCUAGAGAGCCCGGGAGCCGGGCCUCUUCCGGCUUCCGCAGGAAGCGCGGCGCUGCCGGAAGUGACGACAGCGGGCGGGGGACGACCUGUCUCUUCCUCUCCACGCGGUGGACGGGAGUGCGCGGUCGCCGCAGCCGGUGCCGAGUGAUGCCGGGGAAGCUUCUGAGUGACGCGGCCUCGGAGUCCGACGAAGCCAUGGGGAAAGCGGAGAAGCCGCGCAAGCAGAGCGAGAAGAAAAGUAAAAAGGAAAAUCCAAAGCCUAACAUGAUUGAAGAGGCAGAAGAACAGGAAGAAAUUGUUUCUCCCAAAGCUAAGAAAGUUAAAAGAAAAGCAGAGCCUUCUGAGGUGGAAAUGAAUUCCCUUAAGUCCAAAAAGGCAACAAAGAAAGAGGAGCCUUCUCCAGAUGACAUGUCUCCUAAAAGCAAAAGUGUGAAAAAGAAAAAGGAGUCUGUAGAAAAGAACAUUAAUUCCUCUAAAACCAAAAAGGUAAAAAUCGAGGAGCCCUCUGAAGAAGAAAUAGAUACUCCAAAGCCCAAAAAGAUGAAGAAAGAAAAAGAAAUGAAUGGAGAAAUUGGGGCGAAAAGUCCCAAAAUAAAGAAUGGAUUCUCUCAUUCUGGACCUGAUUCUAACUCCAGUGAAGCUGCCAGUGAAGAAAGUAACACCGAGUUACAGCAGGAAAUGUCUGUGGAACAAAAAGAAGGCGCUUUCUCUAACUUUCCCAUAUCUGAAGAUACUAUUAAACUUCUCAAAGCGCGUGGGGUGACGUUCCUGUUUCCUAUACAAGCAAAGACAUUUCACCAUGUCUAUAGUGGGAAGGACUUAAUCGCACAAGCACGGACAGGAACUGGCAAGACCUUCUCCUUUGCCAUCCCUUUGAUUGAGAAACUUCUGGGACAAUUGCAAGACCGGAAGAGAGGUCGUGCCCCUCAGGUACUGGUUCUUGCACCCACCAGGGAGUUGGCAAAUCAAGUGAGCAGAGAUUUCAGUGACAUCACAAAAAAGCUGGCAGUGGCUUGUUUUUAUGGUGGAACUCCCUAUGGAGGUCAAAUUGAACGGAUGCGGAAUGGGAUUGAUAUCCUGGUUGGGACACCGGGCCGUAUCAAAGACCACCUACAGAAUGGCAAGUUAGAUCUCACCAAACUGAAGCAUGUUGUCCUGGAUGAAGUUGACCAGAUGUUGGAUAUGGGGUUUGCUGAUCAAGUGGAAGAAAUAUUAAGUGUGGCAUACAAGAAAGAUUCUGAAGACAAUCCCCAAACACUGCUUUUUUCUGCAACUUGCCCUCAUUGGGUGUUUAAUGUUGCUAAGAAGUACAUGAAGUCUUCAUAUGAACAGGUGGACUUGAUUGGCAAAAAGACUCAGAAAGCGGCAAUAACUGUGGAGCAUCUGGCCAUCAAGUGUCACUGGACUCAAAGGGCAGCAGUUAUUGGGGACGUGAUCCGAGUGUACAGUGGGUUUAACGGACGCACUAUCAUCUUCACUGAAACCAAGAAAGAAGCGCAGGAGUUGUCCCAGAGUUCAUCCAUUAAGCAGGAUGCCGAGUCAUUACAUGGAGACAUUCCACAGAAGCAAAGAGAAAUUACCCUGAAGGGUUUUAGAAAUGGUGAUUUUGGUAUUUUGGUUGCAACUAAUGUUGCUGCUCGUGGGUUGGACAUCCCUGAGGUUGACCUGGUUGUUCAAAGUUGCCCACCAAAAGAUGUGGAGUCCUAUAUUCAUCGUUCUGGGCGAACAGGAAGAGCUGGAAGAACAGGGAUCUGCAUCUGCUUUUAUCAGCACAAGGAGGAAUAUCAGUUAGUGCAAGUGGAACAGAAAGCGGGAAUUAAAUUUAAACGAAUAGGUGUUCCUUCUGCAACAGAGAUCAUCAAAGCUUCCAGCAAAGAUGCCAUCAGGCUUUUGGAUUCUGUUCCUCCUACGGCCAUCAGUCACUUCAAACAGUCGGCCGAGAAACUGAUCGAGGAGAAGGGAGCUGUGGAAGCCCUGGCCGCUGCGCUGGCCCAUAUUUCAGGUGCCACCUCAGUGGACCAGCGCUCCUUGAUCAACUCACAGGCGGGCUUUGUGACCAUGAUCAUGAAGUGCUCAAUUGAAAUGCCAAACAUUAGUUAUGCAUGGAAGGAGCUUAAAGAGCAGCUGGGAGAGGAUAUUGAUUCCAAAGUGAAGGGAAUGGUGUUUCUCAAAGGAAAGCAGGGUGUGUGUUUUGACAUCCCGACUGCUACAGCAACAGAAGUUCAGGAAAAAUGGCAUGAUUCUCGGCGCUGGCAGCUGUCCGUGGCCACAGAGCAGCCAGAGCUGGAAGGACCCAAGGAAGGAUAUGGGAACUUCCGGGGACAGAGGGAAGGGAACAGAGGCUUCCGGGGACAGCGGGAUAGAAGCAGAGGCUUCCGGGGACAGAGAGGAGGUGGCAACAAGAAUAACAGAUUUCAGAACAAAGGCCAGAAACGGAGUUUUAGUAAAGCCUUCGGUUAGUCAAACCCAGGGGAUUUACAGGGCAUAAGAGAACUGUUUGGCAACUGAACAUUAUUUUUCAUACAGAGUUAAAACACAUUGUGUUCCUUCCCAACUCCUUGCUGUCUCUGUUCCCCAUUUCUUUGAUACAAGCUUCAUUUAAUUUUCUUCAUCUCGCUAUUAGUGAUGUUAUUUUGACUUUCUGUGUCAGGUUGUCCUUUAACAAGGUAUAUGAAUUCAGUUUUAUUCUGAUGUAUUGUCUGUAGAUUGCAGGAUGAAAUCAAGCGCACACAUGCUUAUACUUUUAAAGGUGAUGUAUCUUCGUACUUCAAAGUGUCUCAGUAGUGUUCUCUCCUCAGUACCUGUGGGGAAUGCAGCAGUCCUUGGAGAAGCAAUUUGAGGCAUCCAGGCUUUCUUCUGUAAUUGGCGUUCCUCGGCGACUGCCUAACCACUGGGCAUAUGGCCCUAGAACGAGUCUCCUGAGAACUGAUACUGAGCAGCAUUUUAAAGCAGAAUUUUAAGUUUAGCUGAGAUAAUCACGAGGUUCAUACCAGCACAUGGCCUCUGUUGGGGAGGUGGUGGUGCAGCUGCUGGUGGGCAGAGAUUAGCCACUGUUGUGUAUUUUUAUACAGUUUAAUUUCUCAACAUAAGGUGAUUCAUUCUUCAGAUUUUACAUAUGUAUUGACUUAAAAAAUAGUAAACAAAUUUCUACAAGGAAUUUCAAAUGAUGACCUUUCUUCAAAAGGAGGCUGCACUAAUUGUGACUAAAGAUAAUGUACUUCGUGUUGGAAGAUGAACAUUCUUAGCAAGAAGUAAUUAAGGGAAUGGUGGGCUCAAAUUUGAAUUGUUGAGCGUGUGUUAAAUGAUAAUUAGUGAAUAUGCACUGUAAAGCAUUCUUUUACUGGUGAAAACACUGGGCUAUUAAUGUUAGUAAUUUCAAUGGGUAUAAGACAGUUUUAGAUAGAAAGAUCCAAUUUAGCUUCUCAAAGACGUGGUUCCUAUUUAUAGACAUAGUAUCAGAUGCCCCCCACUCUAUUUAUAGUCACACUGCACACAGUGCAGGGUUUUCCCAUUUUGGCUGGUUGGAGACUUAAUUUUUAAGACAAAAACCUGUGGGUGUUUUUUUUUUUUUUUCCAGGUUGUUUUGAGGUAAUUGAGUAGGGCUGGCUAGAUAAAUAUUUCUCCGGGAAACUUAUGCAUGGUUUAGGAGCUUAAAAUACAUUGUUUGCUCACUUUCAAUUCCUAGGAAUUCUGUGUUGGGAGGGACCGGAGCAUUAGAGAAGUGGGUAUGGUGCUUCCUUGCAUGUGGUGCCACAGGUUCUAUCCCUGGCACCCCAGUUGGUCCCCUAAGCCUGCCAGGAGUGAUCCCUGAGCAUGGCUAGGUAUGGCUCAAAAACCAAAACAAAUUCUCAGGGAAUAAACUGGUAAAAAAAAGUUAAGAAACAUGACCUGUCUUGUUUUCAUUUAUUAGUUUUCAAUAAAAUCUAGGUCCUGGCUUCUCAUGUAUUGGAUCUUUCUAACUGCCUCUCCACUACCUAGUGGCAAGGGACUCAGUAGCCAUCUCCACUCUGGAUUCUUAAGGCAGUCUCCUUUUUGUGUUUGCAUUUCAUUCUGUUCCCCUUGAAUCUAACUAGAUAUGUUUCGAAUUUUCUAGAUUUUUGAGGCCAGAUACAUGAUUCAUGACAGAGCCUCACUUGCCUUGGUCCCCCGGCUUGCUUCCCAUCCCCAAAUAAUUCUCAUUCCUCCAGCCACUUAUCAAUUUUAUCACUUUUCAUCCUACUCUUGACUUCUCAACAAGCCACAGGGACUAAGAUGGUGUUCGACUGUCAACACAUGUGCCUGUGGUUUAGUUUAUUAAAUUCCUGAGCAUAUUUUAAUAACCAUUACAUCACAAAAAGGGGAGAAAAAGGAUAUGUGCCUAUCCUUGAUGCUGGAACCAUGAUAAUGCAAUUAACCUUAAGAAUGAUAAGCAGAAAUCAAGAGUUAAGGGGGAAGGUUAAUAGAAGUUUCUUUGAAAUUUAAGGAAAACAUGACUUUGAAUAAAUGAAGCUAAAAUUUAUCCUGAAUCCUGGAAUUCAAACCGUAUUUAUUACUGUAAUUCUUCUACUAUUUGGUUUAAUUUGGCUCGUUGGGCUAGCCUGGGAUAUGUUAGCAUUUUUACUAUUUCUACAAGAGAAAAUAUUUUUCAAUUUAUGUAUCAGACAAUUUAAAGACCUUUUAAAAUACAACCAUUUUUAUGUUGGAGCUAUCUGUACAGCAGUUUAUUUACAGUUGUACAUAAAAUGUUUUUACUAUAAAAUUGAGUUAAUGUAUAAAAUACUGCUUUAUGCCAUAAUAAAGGUAUUGGUACU